UAUAUUUUCGGGCUUGUUAGUAAUAGUAGCUGUAAGGAGGAAUCAGUUAUCAAUUUAUACUUAUCUCUUUGUAAUAAUGUAGGAAGCUCCUUCUCACCGCUCUCUCGAUUCAUCUCCUUCCGAUGACCCGAAAAUAUAUAAAAAACUAAAGAAAAAGAUAUUUCUUUUCAAGAAACAACAGCACUAUAACGAUGAGCCUGAAUUGCCUUACUUGUCGGGACUUGCAAAGAAAUAAUUCUGGCACAGAAUAUGAUCAAGAAGGGCAUGAUAGAAGAAUAUGCUGUAUAAAGGUAGAAAGAAGUUGGUCAGGAAACUUGACCCCACCACCUUAUGAACAAGUUGGAAAAGGUAAUUCUGCGGUGGCUGCUAGGAAGAUAAAGAAGGAUCACCGCCGUCUAAAGAGUAUGGGAGCAAUAGCAUUCAAGGGAACCGAUGAACCCAAGUUGAUAAGGAGCUCUGGGAUGAGAAGAGAUUGGAGCUUUGAGGAUUUGAGACAAAGGGGUGAUCAGGAUAGAAAAGAAUGCCGAGCUUACUAAGAUAUGACUACUUUUGCAUGGUGUUCAUGGAAACUAUACAUAUUUUCUUUCCUACAAAACUUUAAUUGUUUCCUUUUUGCAUUCAUUUAUUUUAUUUCUAUAUGUUUGAUUUUUGGAAAGCUAAGCAUACCAAUGGAUGCAAUU